CUUAUUUAUGCUUGCUCCAUCUUUCUCUUUUACAGUCAUUGGCAGUGGUCACACUUGGUGAUAGACAAAUGGCACAGAGAGUUGACAAUCUUGUUGGGGUGGAUGAAUUUAAGAGAUUCUAUCUUCAGUACUCAUUCCCUCCGUCAUGUGUUGGAGAAGUUGGACGAAUGGGAGCACCUAGUAGAAGAGAAAUAGGUCAUGGAACACUUGCAGAGAGAGCUCUUGAAACUGUAUUGCCUUCUGAAGAUGAUUUUCCUUAUACCAUACGUGUUGAGAGUACCAUCACCGAAAGUAAUGGUUCUUCAAGCAUGGCAUCUGUUUGUGGAGGUUGCUUGGCAUUGCAAGAUGCUGGGGUCCCAAUAAAGUGCUCUAUUGCAGGGAUAGCAAUGGGUUUGGUUUUGGACACUGAAGAAUUUGGGGGGGAUGGAACACCGCUUAUUCUCUCUGACAUUACUGGAUCUGAAGAUGCAUCUGGGGAUAUGGAUUUUAAGGUUGCUGGAAAUAAAGAUGCCAUAACUGCAUUUCAGAUGGACAUAAAGGUGGGAGGAAUUACUUUACCAAUAAUGAAGAAGGCACUCUUACAAGCAAAGGAUGGUCGUAGGCACGUUCUUGGUAAAGCUCCCAACUAUUUUCAGAACUCAGCAAUAGUUCAGAGAUAUAAAUGUUUGUGUGUAUAAAUAUGUGUGAAUGCA